AUGGAAGAUAUCCGCAACAUGUUCAUGUUAACCAAAGACGACUUGGAAAAAAUCGUUUCAAAGACUUUGGAAGAGAUGGAAAAUGGUCUUCAAGGCCGUGCAAGUACACUUCAAAUGAUUCCAACCUAUGCACCAAUUCCAACUGGGAAUGAGACUGGGAAGUUCAUUGGGAUCGAUAUUGGCGGGACUAACAUGCGUAUUAUAUACCUAGACCUCCCAUCACCAGGUGUUCGUGGAGAGUUACAGACGAUCGAAAGUGUCAUGCCGAAGAACUCACACACCAACGACGAGUUUUUUGGGUACAUUGCGAACAAAUUGAAAUCGUUUGUAUACACUCACAAACUUGAGAACGAGUCGAUUAAGGCCGGUCUAACGUUUUCGUUUGCUGUAAACCAAGAGGCGAUCAACAAAGGUGAAUUGGUUGGGUGGUCGAAAGGAUGGGAUAUCAAAGAAGCAAUAGGCAAAGACGUAGUGAAGCUUAUAACAGAGCAGAUGAUCAAAAUAGAUUUGAAGAAUGUCGAGAUAGUUGCUUUAAUUAACGACACUGUUGGAACUUUGAUUAAUUUGGCAUACGAUGAUCCUUCUUGUGGGAUGGGAAUCAUCUUUGGCACAGGGACCAAUGGGUGUUAUAUUGAAAAGACUUCAAAUAUAUGUGCUCAAAAGAUGAGAAGUGUUUGUAAAGAAGAGUUUAUAGUGAUCAACACGGAGUGGGGAGGACUCGACUUCAAGGAGUUCAAACGAAAUAAAUUCGACUUGAUGAUCGACGAAGUCUCUGUGAAUAAAGGAAGUCAGAAAUAUGAAAAGUUGAUAUCGGGAAUAUACCUUGGAUGGUUAAGUAGGUUAGUCAUUAGAGAGUUAAUGCAGAAGAAAGUCUGCUUUGAAAGGUACUUAGAAAAAGAAGUCUUUUCGGAUGAACCGGAUGACACACAUUUCGAUGAGUCCAGAAAAUUUUCUUCGAGACACACAGAAAUUACAGAAGACACAACAGAGAACUUAAGCAGAGUACAAGUAAUCUUAGAGAAAUUGGGCGUCACUGACAGUACACUUGAAGAGAGAAAAAUACUCAAGGAAGUUUGCACGUUGGUUGUGAAGAGAAGUGGAUAUCUUGCUUCAGCAGUUACCGUUGCAUUGUACAGAAAAAUGUCGAGUUACUUGUCUUCUCGGAGCACCGCAGGUAUCGACGGGACUGUUUAUCAAAAAUCCGUACCAUUCAAAAAGUACUAUAUUGAAGGUCUGGACCUUCUACAACCACAAGACAAGAUUAUGUGCCAACUCAGUAAAGAUGGUUCUGGCCUUGGGGCUGUCAUAUCUGCUGCGGCAGUUUCUUGGAAACAGUAA